UGGAUGUAAGAUUCUCAGAAGGAACGGAUGCUACGAGUUUGGCGCAGUCCACUACGGACAUAUCACGGUGGAAUUACUCCUGCGGUGUACAAGCAGCGAGAGCUGGGGUAGGUAAGUCGCACAGGGGCGCAGCGGCUGUCCUACAGGAGCCGUUACCAUUUCGUACAAGCCUCCCUCGUAUUCCACGCCAUGCACUUCUGGGUGUCCAUCCAUGCCCUCCCUUUGCGAUACUUGGAGAGAUUUUCCCCUUCGGUAUGGAACCAGCGCGAUUUCUGGGUGCCGUCGGCAUUGAGCUUCGGCCCUGCCUUGCUCUUCUUCUUGAAGAAAUUUCCGAAGCGAGGCUGGCAGAAUUUAGUUCCAUGCUCUGGAUUGUCAGCGAGUGGCCACCUUUCGAGCAGGGACUACGUCUCGUCUCUUCAACUCACCAAGAGGUCGUCGUCGAUCUUCUUCUCCCUCCUGAGCGUUGACAAAUCUGACUUA